GGGACAUGUGUCACACACGUGAUGCCUUGGAUCAAAGGCCAAGGCCGCCCACACCCGCCUGCUCUCGAGACCGAGCUCCGCCUUUGCCCAAUCUGGCUGUCCCUCUGCGGCACCGAGGUUGCAAGGAUGGUGUACUUUUUCCGCAGCGACGGUGGGUCCUGGAUGAGCGCAUCAAUCGGCAGCGACCCUUGACCCGUCGGACGUGUGUCCUGAGCGAGCACCUUGGCUGAUGACAUGUGCUUGCUGUUCAUCCUUCUCAGUGACCGAUCCCCCAUGCAUGAUCUACAUGGGCAAGGACAAAUACGAAAACGAGGAGCUGAUCAAGCAUGCCUGGGAGGAAGAUGUCUGGUUCCACGUUGACAAGCUCUCCAGUGCCCACGUCUACCUCCGGCUUCCCCUCGGCUGGUCAUGGGCCGAUAUACCCCAGGAGGUGCUCGACGACUGUGCCCAGCUGACAAAAGCCAACAGCAUCGAGGGAAACAAGAAGAACAACCUCACAAUCAUCUACACGCCGUCGUCCAACUUGAAGAAGACCCAGGGCAUGGAGACCGGCCAGGUCACCUUCCACAAAUCCAACGUGGUCAAGAAGGUCCAUGUGAAGGAGCGCAUCAACGAGAUUGUCAACCGCCUCAACAAAACAAAGGAAGAGCGCUAUCCUGAUCUGCAGCAGGAGCUCAUCGACCAUGAGCGCGAGAGCCGCAAACAGGCUCGAGCCUUCGAGAUGUCGAGAAAAGCCGAAGAUCUCCGAGUCCAGGAGGAGCGACGACAGCAACAGAACCUCAAAAACUACAGCUCAGUCAUGCAGGAGUCCCACAUGGUCAGCAACAAGGAACUAGGCUUUGGCCGGGGCUUCAAAGAUAUCGAGGAGGACUUUAUGUAGCAGGGCAGGCACUGCUCUGUGCAAGCACACAGCAACGGCGACAUGAAUACACAGGCCGCACUGGUCCGGCCAUCCAUGUCGACAGCGACACCAGAGCGUGCAGAUGCGGGGCACUCGACAAACACACUCGACGAGGACAUGGUGGCCGUGCCUCUGGCUGCGCUGAUGCGGGCGAUGCUUCGGAUAUACUCUGCGACGGCCUCUGCGAUGAUGGUCAGGGGGUGGUCGGAAACAUCGCACCAACGGCCCUGCGCACGGGCGUGUCCGGCUGGUCGGGCUUGGCUCCCCCACCACCACUUGCCC